AUGCUACUAUCUAAUCGGCACUUGGAAUUUUAUAAAAGUGCACUUCCUCAACCUUUGACUUCGAUUCAGCGUCUUUAUAUUAGUCGGCUAGUUGAGAAAUAUGGAGCUGAUUUUCAGAGAAUGAUGAUGGAUAUAAAGCUAAAUCCUAUGCAGCAUUCUGUUGCAACUUUAGAGAAAUUGUAUUUUGGUUGUUUUGACACUUUGGAUGUUGCUCGGGCCAAGGAAAACAUCAAAGAGAUUCCAUCUUUUCAAAGGUAUGAAGAAGAGAGGAGGCAAGCAGAUGUGAACUCACUGAUGCUGAUACUGGCAUUGCUAUGUCUUUUGCUUCCAAUGCUAUUUACAUACAGUGCUGCAUCACCGGAACUCACCGUAGAAUCUUCACUCUACUUGUCAAGAGCUGCUAGCAUUGUCAUGUUGGCUGCAUAUUUUGUUUACUUGAUCUUUCAACUAUGGACACAUAGGCAACUAUUUGAAGCUGAAGAUGAAGGCGGAGAUGAGAACAUUGAGGCAGAAGAGGCUGUAAUUGGAUUUUGGAGUGGAUUUGCUUGGUUGGCUGGAAUGACCGUGUUCACUGCGUUGUUGUCUGAAUACGUGGUCGAUACAAUUGAGGAUGCAUCAGAUUCAUGGGGUUUAUCAGUGAGCUUCCUCAGCAUAAUCUUGCUUCCAAUAGUUGGCAAUGCAGCUGAACAUGCUGGAGCAAUCAUUUUUGCUUUCAAGAACAAGCUUGACAUUUCCUUAGGUGUUGCAUUGGGCUCUGCUACUCAAAUUGCCAUGUUUGUGGUUCCCCUCUGUGUUACUGUUGCUUGGGGAAUGGGAGUGAAUAUGGACCUAAACUUCAACCUCAUUGAGACAGGUUCUCUUGCUGUGGCAAUUAUAGUCACAAGCUUCACUUUACAGAAAAAAUUACAAGCUGCAAUUAAGGAUUCUGUGUCUGAAAAUGAGGCAUUUCAGAAAGUAUUUGGAAAAGAAAAGCAUGGAUAUGUUCGUAGUAUGGGACUUGGAGUUACACCAUCUCAAAUUAAUAGAUCUACGAGAUCGACAUCUUCUUCUGCAGAAAGUGAACAAAUAAAGGAAAUGCAAGAAGAAAUUAAUGCACUUAAAGAAAAGAAUUCAAAAAUUGAUGAAUUAACACAGGCAAUCAUAUUCUUAACGCAAAGGGACAAGGCGAGGACAAAGGAAAAUGAACUCUUAAUGCAAAUGCAGAAUUUUAGUGGAAGACAGGGAUUGGAAUCACCCGCUGAUGGUAGACGUUCAUCUGAGUCUAGCUACCGUAUUGGAGAUAAUGGAACUUCAGGGGGGACAAAUUAG